AUGCAUAAUGGUCAUGAUCAUGCCGCUAUGAUUAGUACUACAACACCAUCAAUGAGCCAUGAUCAUCAUGCAAUGGGUCAUGCAUCUGAGACAAGCACAAAUUUGAGUGGACAUGGUCUUCAUAUGAAAGAUAUGAUGAUGAUGGCAAUGACAUUUCACGGUGGUUAUAAAGAACAAAUUUUAUUCGAUCAAUGGGAUACGAAAACGCUUGGAGCAUUUAUUGGUUCUUGGUUUGUAGUAUUCUUUAUUGCUGUUUUAUAUGAGGCAUUAAAAGCAUUACGAGAUUAUUUAUCAAAAGGUGAUGGUUGCGAUGUAUGCUCUCAAACGCAAGAUCGUCAACAACCAAAAGCUCGUCUAUUAAGACUUCCACAUAUAAUUCAAACAUUUUUACAUAUUCUUCAAAUGACUGUUAGUUAUGGAUUGAUGCUUAUCGCUAUGACAUAUAAUACUUAUUUAUUUUUUGCGGUGAUACUUGGUGCUGGUUUUGGUCACUUUUUAUUUGCUUGGCGUCGUUCAUCUGUUAUUGAUUAUAAUGAACAUUGCCAUUAA